AUGGAGACAAUUUCACAACUUCAUAUUGUAUUGCUUGUUAUCUGUUUGAUAAUAGGAGAAUUUGCUCUCAAUGGAAAAGCUCAAAUGGUGGACUGCAAUGAAUCUGACAGAGAAGCUCUUAUUGACUUCAAAAAGGGUCUUGAAGAAUCUGAGGAUCGGAUCUCCUCAUGGAGAGGAAGCAACUGCUGUCAAUGGUGGGGCAUAACAUGCGAUAACAAUACUGGAGCUGUUGUUACUGUUGAUCUCCACAACCAAUAUCCAUCAGGUUAUGAUGCUUCUGGCAGGUAUGGAAAUUGGAACUUGAGUGGAGAGAUAAGACCUUCACUGACAAAACUCAAGUCCUUGAGAUAUUUGGACUUGAGCUUCAACACAUUCAAUGGACAAAUUCCUGAUUUCUUAUCCUCUCUGGAGAAUUUACAAUAUCUAAACCUGUCAAAUGCUGGGUUUAGAGGUGCAGUCCCUCCAAAUCUUGGAAAUCUCUCUAGGCUGCAAUACCUUGAUCUCUCCCCCAGCUUUCCUUAUUAUCUAUCUGUCGAUAACUUCGAAUGGGUGACCGGUCUUGUCUCGUUGAAAUAUUUGGAAAUGACUGGAUCAAACCUUUCAAUGGUAGGACUAAGAUGGAUUGAAGCAUUCAAUAAGCUUCCUCAUUUAACUGAGUUGCAUUUAUCUUCUUGUGGUUUAUCAACUUUCACUUCUACUCUUACUUUUGUUAACUUUACAUCACUUGCUGUCCUGGACUUGUAUGGUAACCAGUUCAAUUCCAUGUUACCUAGUUGGCUUGUGAAUAUUAGCAGCCUUGUAUCCCUUGACAUCAGCUAUAGCAGCUUGUAUGGAAGAAUUCCACUUGGUUUUAGAGAACUGACAAAUUUGCAGUCAUUGAAUCUUGGUAACAAUGACAACCUUACGGCUAGCUGCUCUCAACUGCUUGGGGGAAGCUGGAAAAAGAUAGAAGUUCUUGAUUUUGAACUCAACAAGUUACAUGGGAGCCUUCCUGCUUCCCUGGGGAACAUGAGUUUUCUCACUCGCCUCAACUUGUUUCACAAUGGCAUCAAGGGCAGGAUUCCAGGCUCGAUCGGAAGACUUUGUAAUCUGCAAUAUAUUGACUUAUCAGCUAAUAAUCUGACAGGAAGCAUACCUGAAGGAAUAGAAAACUGCCCCUCCAAAGGACCUCUACCCAGUUUGCAGAAGUUUAUUGCUAGUGACAAUCAAUUGGUCGGUAACUUGCCAGACUGGUUAGGCCAGCUUACGAGUCUUGUGGAACUCAAUUUGCAGUGGAACUCACUUCAAGGUCCCAUUCCUGCUUCUUUAGGAAAUUUGCAGCAUCUAUCUGAACUCAGGCUCGAAGCAAAUAAACUAAAUGGUAGUCUCCCUGAAAGUUUAGGACAACUCUCCAACUUGUCUGCCCUUGAUGUUUCUAUCAAUGAAUUAACAGGUGUUAUCUCUGAAACUCAUUUCUCAAGCCUAAGUAAAUUGCAGCUCUUGCUGUUGUCUGAAAAUUCAUUCAUUUUAAAUCUCAAUUCUCAUUGGAUCCCACCAUUCCAGCUGUGGUAUCUUGAACUGGGUUCCUGCCAUCUUGGUCCUUUGUUUCCUGAGUGGCUUAGAUCUCAAAAGGAGUUGCAGUAUCUUCAUUUCCCAAAUGCCAGUGUUUCAGGUUCAAUACCAGAAUGGUUUUGGGAAAUGUCUGGCAAUCUAUCUGUGUUGAAUGUUUCAUUUAAUCAGUUAGAGGGUCAGUUGCCAAAUCCAUUUAAUAUAGCUCCUUCUGCACUUCUUGAUUUGAGUUCCAACCUCUUCUAUGGACCCAUUCCUCUUCCAAGUGCUGAAAUCAACUUGCUAGAUCUUUCUAACAACCAAUUUUCUGGUCCUAUCCCUGACAACAUUGGUAAAAUCAUGCCAAAUUUGGUGUUUCUCUCUCUUUCAAACAAUCAAAUAACUUCUGAAGUCCCAGUGUCUAUUGGAGAGAUGAAAUCACUUCAGGUCGUUGAUCUUUCGAGAAAUAAUUUGACAGGAAGCAUUCCUCCAAGCAUAGGGAAUAGUUCUUUGCUCUCUGUUCUAGACCUUCAAAAAAACAAUUUGUCCGGCGAGAUUCCAGCAUCUUUAGGACAACUGAAUCUACUUCAGACACUUCACUUAAACAACAACAGAUUCUCAGGAGAAAUCCCAUCAACUCUCCAGAACUCGUCUUUUCUAGAAACUCUAGACCUUGGGAACAACAGGUUUACAGGGAACAUUCCACCUUGGAUUGGACAGACUUUCCCACAUCUUAGAAUAUUUAGCCUGAGAUCAAACAAAUUUUUUGGGGAAAUUCCUCCAGUGCUUUCAAAUUUGAGUUCCCUGCAAGUUCUUGACCUGGCAGAAAACAAGUUGAACAGCACAAUUCCUGCCAGCUUUGGAGAUCUUAAAGCCAUGACUCAACAACAAACUGUAAACAUCUAUUUGUUCUACGGAUCUUACAUGACACAAUACUAUCAAGAAAACUUCGCUGUGAAUAUGUACGGCCAGCCUCUUGUAUACACCAAGACUCUUUCCCUUCUAACAAGUAUAGAUCUUUCCGGAAACAAUUUAUAUGGCGAGCUCCCAGAACAAAUAACAAAAUUGGUUGGCUUGGUGGUUUUGAACUUGUCUGGAAAUCAUAUCAGUGGCCGGAUUCCCAAUAGCAUCUCAGAACUACGCCAAUUGUUAUCUCUUGAUCUCUCAGACAACAACAACUCAGGUGGGAUUCCUCCAAGCAUGUCUUCAAUGACAUUCUUGGCAUAUCUGAACGUUUCAAACAACAAAUUGUCAGGCAUAAUCCCUUACACAAAUCAGAUGACAACUUUUAAUGCAACAUCCUUUUCUGGGAACCCAGGUCUAUGUGGAGGUCCCCUUACAGUGAAGUGUUCAGAUGGUGGAGUGACAGGUGACUCAGACGGCAGAAGGAAUGCAGAAUCUGACAGGGAUGACAGCUUCAUUGAUAAGUGGUUCUACUUGAGCAUUGGGCUGGGAUAUGCAGCUGGGUUAUUGCUUCCUUAUUUAACUUUUGCAAUCAGAACAUCUUGGGGGGACAUAUACUUUGGUUUUGUGGAUAAAAUUGUUGCAAAGUUGCUUGAAUUCCUGUAAAAUCUGGGCAAGUAUGUUACUUUUCUUGCUUGUAAACAGAUCCCAGAUUUUGUAAUGAAGAAAUAAAUCUCACUGUUAAAACAAUUUGAUUUCGA